GAAAAAGGCGUACUGCGCAGUCUCUAAUCAAAGUCAAACUUCCGGGGUAAGGUUGUUGUCUCUGGUUCUGACUCGUGAGUAUUACAUCAAAAGUAAUAGGAACGAUUCGUAUUGUAUUGUUUUUGUUUACGUGAACAGCGUGGCUAUUACAAUUAAUAUAAAGCCGUCCGUUUUCUCUGUAAAUAUAUUUGGAUCCAAAGUGUUGUUAAGCUGUCUAAAAACUCCUGACCGGUGUCACAGAAGUGAUGCAACAUGGCAGCAACACCUUUCACUAGGUGUUCUCUGUCAACUCUAAGGAGAUAUACUCAGAGCCGUGGAUUUAACUCUUUGGCAAAGAGGACAGUCACACAGGUGUCCUCCGCUGUGAUAUGUAACACCAGGGGAACACAGGGACACACGAGCCUGGACAGGGGACCCCCAGAGGAGUGGGACAGGAAAAGUGGUCGGGAUAAUGGCAGCUCUUCUCUGCUCAGGUCCACCUCGGUGGGUUUGGGACUGUGUGGUGUGGCGUUUCUGGACAGUCAGAAAGACGAAAAGGCGAACGACAGACGAGUCUCGUUACCCGGACGGUGUCUUGAACUCUUCUUGCCGUCAGCUCAGUGUGCUUCUCCCUUUAAACCUGACACCCCCCGGUAUAAAUACAAUUUUAUUGCAGAUGUGGUCGAAAGGUCCACUCCAGCUGUCGUGUACAUUGAAAUCGUGGGCAGACACCCAUUUUCAGGAAGAGAAGUCCCAGUGUCAAAUGGCUCUGGUUUCAUUAUCAGCAGUGAUGGGCUCAUCGUCACCAAUGCUCACGUUGUGGCUAACAAAAGAGGCGUCCGCGUGAAGCUCACCAAUGGAGACGUGUACAAUGCCACUGUGCAAGACGUUGAUCCAGUGGCAGACAUCGCCACCAUCAAAAUCAAUGCAAGGAAUCCUUUACCCACGCUCAACCUCGGUCGGUCGGCUGAUGUUCGACAAGGAGAGUUUGUGGUCGCGAUGGGAAGCCCGUUUGCUUUACGGAACACAAUCACAUCGGGAAUCGUCAGCUCAGUGCAGAGGGGCAGUAAGGAGCUGGGCCUGUCCAACUCUAACAUGGAGUACAUCCAGACUGAUGCAGCCAUCGAUUUUGGAAAUUCUGGAGGUCCCCUGAUUAACUUGGAUGGUGAAGUCAUUGGGAUAAACACCAUGAAAGUCACUGCAGGAAUUUCCUUUGCUAUUCCAUCUGAUCGUCUCAGAAUUUUUCUUGAUCAAGCCUCAAAAAAGAAGAGUUCUUGGUUUAGUGGUGAGUCAGAGACGAGGCGACGGUACAUUGGCGUAAUGAUGCUGACUCUGACGCAGAGCAUCAUUGCAGAGCUGAAGUUGAGAGACCCAUCCUUCCCAGAUGUGACACAUGGCAUCCUGAUCCACAGAGUGAUCUUGGGCUCUCCGGCGAACAGAGCUGGCAUGCUACCAGGAGACAUCGUGUUGGAGAUAAACAGAGCGAAGGUGAACACCUCUGAAGAGAUCUACCAGGCUGUCCGCAGCAGCGACCAGAUCACCAUGGUGGUGCAGAGAGGACAUGAGUUAAUUCAGCUGCAGAUGACUCCCGAGUACACAGAAUGAUACUAACCACGCAAAUUCAUUAAAGCUGACUUCACGCUGAGGAGCUGGACAGACGGCCACAUGGUUAGUUCAGGUACUCGAGAAGGAAAAUGUGAAAUGUGAUAGUGAGUGCGGCAGGAUUUAAGUUUUUGUUUUCUUUAAAUAUACUUAGGUCCUGUAUUCUACCCUUGUCAAAUGUUUCAUGAUCACAGCAACAAGCCGGCAGUGUCAGCUUAAAAUUAAUCAGUAUUUAGCCAUAUUUACUAGGUUUGUUUUUAGCUUUACUAAGUUUUUCUCGUCAUGGCUGUUGACUACACAAUGAUUUCAGUGUCAAUACUCUCAAUACUGUUCGAAUCGUCAUGAAUCUUCCAACUAAAGACUUAAAUGGACAAACAAAUAGUCCUGUAUUUACUUCAAGGUUUACAAUAGACAAAUUGUCUUUUCUACCUCUUA